GAAGCUUCAAAAACGUGUGAGGAGGGAAGAGGGUGUGCAGACCCAGGCUCAGCCGCCUUGUGGCGCUUGUCAGUGUCACGGCCACCUCCGCUUUGCCAGAGCCCCCUGGCCAGAAUGUCCUCCGCACAUUUUAACCGAGGUCCUGCCUAUGGCCUGUCCGCUGAAGUCAAGAACAAGUUGGCCCAGAAAUACGACCAUCAGCGGGAGCAGGAGCUGAGAGAGUGGAUUGAGGGGGUGACAGGUCGCCGCAUCGGGAACAACUUCAUGGAUGGCCUCAAAGAUGGGAUCAUUCUUUGCGAAUUCAUCAACAAGCUCCAGCCAGGUUCUGUGAAGAAGGUAAAUGAGUCAACCCAAAACUGGCACCAGCUGGAGAACAUAGGAAAUUUCAUUAAAGCCAUUACCAAAUAUGGAGUGAAACCCCACGACAUCUUUGAGGCCAAUGACCUAUUUGAGAACACCAACCAUACACAGGUUCAGUCUACUCUCCUGGCUCUGGCCAGCAUGGCCAAGACAAAAGGAAACAAGGUCAAUGUGGGCGUCAAAUAUGCAGAGAAACAAGAGCGGAGAUUUGAGCCUGAGAAGCUGAGAGAAGGUCGGAACAUCAUUGGGCUCCAGAUGGGCACCAACAAAUUUGCCAGUCAGCAGGGCAUGACAGCCUAUGGUACCCGGCGUCACCUCUAUGACCCCAAACUGGGUACGGAUCAGCCGCUGGACCAGGCCACCAUCAGCCUGCAGAUGGGCACCAACAAGGGCGCUAGCCAGGCUGGCAUGACGGCACCAGGCACCAAGCGGCAGAUCUUUGAGCCAGGACUGGGAAUGGAACACUGUGACACGCUCAACGUCAGCCUGCAGAUGGGCAGCAACAAGGGGGCCUCGCAGAGGGGCAUGACAGUGUAUGGGCUGCCCCGGCAGGUGUACGAUCCCAAGUACUGCCUGACUCCGGAAUACCCAGAGCUGGGCGAGCCCACCCACAAUCACCACCCACACAACUACUAUAACUCUGCCUAGGGGCCCCAAGGGGGCUGGCUGCUGCUCUUGGCUGGACCCAGCUGGCCCAGCCAACCCCAUCUCCUGCAUGGCGUCCCCCAGCCCCUAGCAUCUGUCUAUAGGGUUACAGUUUGGGGAGAUCAGGCCGAAGGGGGUGGUGGGAAGAAGGGGGCCCCUCAUCCCUGUAGCUCUCGAAGGGCCCAACACAGAAUCGGGUGUCCCCAACAGCAUCCAAAGGACGCACUGAGUAAAGGUAUUUCAGCUGCCCCCUUUUACUCCCUUACAAGUGUAGCUCCCAGAACCAGAAACCCUCCAAGCGAAGCCCCCAGAACCCAGGCUUGGCCUGACCCCUGCCCCAUUCCUGCAGCGGGAGCAGAAUGCAUGCCUGAAACGCAGCGGACACACAGUUUGGUUUUGCAGUGACUGGCGUUUGUGGAUGGACAGCAGCGUUUGUAACUUGAGCACUUUCUUUUUCUAUUUCACUGGAGCACAAUAAACGGCUGUGACAUCAUCCGAGCUGAGAGCAGGCUGAUCCGGAGUGUUGCUUAGUCUCCGUCAUUCUCCCAUACACAUACACUGGGGCUGGGGCUGGCUCCGAGCUAGGCAAGGCACUUGACACCAAGCUCGAUGACCUGAGUUCAGUCUUUGUACCCACAUGGUAGAGGAGAAUCAGUUCCUGCAACAUCCUCUGACCUCCACACACAAGCCAUGUGAUACGCAUACCCUUCCCUAAAUAAAUAUGUAAUUAAAUUAAAGAUACACCUACAGACCUCACAUGACUAUAGAGGGCAGGCACAUUGCAAAUGCCACAUACACAUAAACAAAAUGAUGUGAGGGUCCUGGGAGGGGUUCCCAGGUUGUGUGCAAGUGGCAUGGACUGGUCCUACUGGGCUGGGGUAAUGGUUCCCAAUGUUGGCAGAGCAGUUAACUUUGGGGCAUGGCUUUCUCUGUAUGCUUGUCUUGUACUCAGCGGUC